GCCGCCGCCGCGCCCGCCCCGCCUCUCGGGCCGGCCGGCCGGAGCCCGGUCUGGCUGCCCAGCGACCAUGAGCGGCGCGGCGCGGGCGGGCCCGGCCCGGCUGGCCGCGCUCGCGCUGCUGACCUGCAGCGUGUGGCCGCGGGCGCGGGCCGACAACGCGAGCCAGGAGUACUACACGGCGCUCAUCAACGUGACGGUGCAGGAGCCCGGCCGCGCCGCGCCGCUCACCUUCCGCAUCGACCGCGGCCGCUACGGGCUCGACUCGCCCAAGGCCGAGGUCCGCGGGCAGGUGCUGGCGCCGCUGCCCCUGCACGGCGUGGCCGAUCAUCUCGGCUGUGACCCCCAGACGCGAUUCUUCGUACCCCCAAACAUCAAACAGUGGAUUGCCUUGCUUCAGAGGGGAAACUGCACCUUCAAGGAGAAGAUAUCACGGGCUGCGUUCCACAAUGCCGUGGCUGUCGUCAUCUACAACAACAAGUCCAAGGAGGAGCCGGUCACCAUGACCCACCCAGGCACAGGGGACAUCAUCGCAGUCAUGAUCACGGAGCUGCGGGGCAGGGACAUCCUGAGUUACCUGGAGAGGAACGUCUCUGUGUUCAUGACCAUCGCUGUGGGCUCGCGGAUGCCCCCCAAGAACAUCAGCCGCGGCUCGCUGGUCUUCGUGUCCAUCUCCUUCAUCGUGCUCAUGAUCAUCUCGUCCGCCUGGCUGAUCUUCUACUUCAUCCAGAAGAUCCGCUACACGAAUGCCCGCGACAGGAACCAGCGUCGCCUGGGAGAUGCAGCCAAGAAAGCCAUCGGCAAGCUGACCACCAGGACCGUGAAAAAAGGAGAUAAGGAGACAGACCCGGACUUCGAUCACUGUGCCGUGUGCAUCGAGAGCUACAAGCAGAAUGAUGUGGUCCGGAUCCUCCCUUGCAAGCACGUGUUCCACAAAUCCUGCGUGGACCCUUGGCUCAGUGAGCACUGCACCUGCCCGAUGUGCAAACUGAACAUUCUGAAGGCGUUGGGCAUUGUGCCCAACCUCCCGUGCACAGAGAACGUGGCGCUGGACGUGGAGCGGCUGACGCGCACCCAGGCCGUGAGCCGCCGGGCAGCCCCGGGCGAGCUGGCGGGCAGUGACACCUCGCUGGGCCUGGAGCCCCUGCGGACAGCGGGGAUGACACCCCUCCCCCAGGACGGGGAGCUGACGCCCCGCACAGGAGAGAUCAACAUCGCGGUCACAAGCGGGCAUUUCUUCCACCGGAACUCUCUGUCCCCUCGGAGCUUAGUGUACGAGAGCGAGUUCUCCACCAUCGAGCCUUCCUUGGACAUGUACGAUGAGAACAAGACCUGAUGAGUGGAGAGAGGGCCGUGGGGCGGGUC